GCAUUAAAAGAAAUAGAUGAUGUCUAUGAAAAAUACAAAUCAGAAAAUGAUCCUGUUCAGAAGAAACGCUUACAGCAGCAUCUUCAGCGUGCAUUAAUCAACAGCCAAGAACUUGGAGAUGAAAAAAUCCAAAUAGUUACUCAGAUGCUAGAACUGGUAGAGAAUAGGGCCCGGCAAAUGGAAACACACUCUCAGUGUUUUCAAGAUCUGUCUGAGAACGAAAAGCCUCUAGAAAAGGCAAAGAUGGAGUCCUGCCAGCCGGAGAGAUCGUCACGUAGGCCUCGUCGCCAGCGAACCAGCGAAAGCCGUGAUCUGUGCCAUAUAGCAAACGGUAUUGAUGACUGUGAUGACCAGCCACCUAAAGAAAAAAGAUCAAAAUCUUCCAAGAAGAAAAAACGCUCCAAAGCCAAGCAAGAGAGAGAGGUUUCACCUGUAGAGUUUGCAAUUGAUCCCAAUGAACCAACCUACUGCUUAUGCAACCAAGUGUCUUACGGGGAAAUGAUAGGGUGUGAUAACGAACAGUGUCCUAUCGAGUGGUUCCACUUUUCUUGUGUUGGACUCACCUACAAACCAAAGGGGAAAUGGUAUUGCCCCAAGUGCAGAGGAGACAAUGAGAAAACAAUGGACAAAUGUACUGACAAAUCAAAAAAGGAUAGAAGAUCGAGGUAGUGAAAGCAAUUAAUGUUUUAAAGACUUGCUUCUUUUAUAUUAAAAUGUUUAAUUUCCAGAGAAUGCUGUUUAAGGAAGUGCAUAAGACUAUGCAAUAAUUUUUAAUCUAUAAUAUUAACGGAGUAUUAAAAGCUG